UCUGUAACCCUCUACUCUUCCUUCCAGAAGGGCUUUACUCCCCUCCAUCUGGCUGCGAAACGUGGCCACGCUAAGGCUGCACGCGCCUUACUGCAAGUUGCUGGUACCGGCGAUAACUUCGUAAACGCCGUUGGACGCAAUGGUCUAACGCCCCUUCACAUUGCCACUCAUUAUAACCACCUUCCAGUCGUCAAGCUACUGUUGGAACGUGGAGCUGAAGUCGAUCGUAAGGUAUAG